AUGGAGGAAGGAUCCCCUGGUGUCUUUCCCAAGCUUUCUCGUGUGACGAAGAGGGUUCGGGCUGCUGCAGAUUGCGAUUCUGAGUACGAUGUGGAGUCUGAUUCCAAUCCCAAUUCGAUGCAGGGGUUGAUGCAAGCAACUAAAAUGGAUCUGAUGCCAGAAUCUGAGAAUAUUCCUAGGCCGAUGGUUGAUCUGUUGAAUGAAUCUAAUGGUAAUAAGGGUUUGAAUGAUGAGGAUGAUGUGUUCAUCUCUCGUGGUGAGCGUGGGCCGAGUAUACACUUCUCUGAUCGUGCUAUGGCUCGAUUUUGUGAACCUUGGAAAAAUGCUUUGAUCAUUAAGCUCCUUGGUCGCUCUCAUACGUAUAACUACCUUCAUGAUCGCUUAGCUCAAAAAUGGAGUUUGGUGGGAGGGUGGAAGCUUAUUGACUUGGUGAAUGAUUAUUUUGUUGUGAGAUUUGAUUUGGAAGAGGACUUAAAUUUUGUGUUAACUGGAGGGCCUUGGAUGAUUGCGGGGCAAUACUUAACCAUACAACAAUGGAGGCUUGGUUUCUGCCCUUCUACUGCGCACAUCACAAGAAUGGCUGCUUGGAUUAGAGUAUCUGCCAUACAGCUUGAAUGUUUUGAUGUUUGGUCUCUUAGGAGGAUUGGCAACCUUCUUGGUAAAUUGCUGAAAAUUGAUUCGUUGACUACUUCGCAAAAUAGGGGUAAGUUUGCUCGUUUAUGUGUGGAGUUGGACCUAACUAAGCCUCUUGAUGCCUUUGUGCAAAUAAAUCAACACUGGUACAAUAUUGAGUAUGAGGGAUUACCUGAUAUUUGUUAUCUAUGUGGGUGUUAUGGUCAUAAAAGGGAGAGUUGUACUUUGAAAUCUGUGAAUUUGUCAGAUGAGGCAGGGAAAGCUCAAGGUGCAGGAGUGGGACCUAUGAAUCAUGACUCUGUUGAGGUUACAGAAACUGUGAAGAUAGCUGAGGAUAGCUUGCGAGGCCCUUGGAUGAAUGUGCAAUCUAGAAGGCGACCAAAAAAUAUUCGUAAGGAUGUUCCUGGGCAGGGUUCUGGUGGUAGGAACAAAGGGUCUCGUUUUGAUGCUCUUAAUGAGAUUGGUGAAGAUUUUGACAUAAGUGGGCUCGAUAAUGUUAACCAAGUUCCGACGAAGGUUGUCCCUAUUUUUAAAUCUGUGGUGGAAGUUGGUAAGAAAGUUUGGACUAAGUCUAAACAUGCUAAUUCGGGUUCUAGGCCUGUUCUGAAUGAUAUCUCCAAUAAGAAUGUGCAGAGAGUCUCUAAUAGUAAGGUGUUGGAUAAGAGUUCGGGCUCUUCUGUUAAGUUUACAAUGGGGGCCUCUCAAUAUUCUCGUAAUAUGGUUGUUGGUGGUAGGAAGCCUUCUACUCUUAGUGCUGUCACUGAGCAUUUGGAGAGUUGGGGUGAUGGUCAACAUAGUCACCAAGAGAAAGGGGAUGCUUCUGACUAUGAUGAUGAUAAUGUUCUUGUGCCUAGAAGGACUGACCAGCUGGGGCAACUUGCGAAGAUGGAUUUGGUUGAGGGCCAAACUAGCACUUCUGGUGAAAAUUUGACUGGUAUUACCUUCAACAUUGUUGAAGGUGCUGCGUGCACUAAGUUUAAGACUACUGUGAUGAAUUUGAGUCGUACUCAUCAUAUGGAUAUACUUUUCAUUUGUGAGCCUAGAAUCAGUGGUAGGAAGGCUAUUGCUGUGGUUAAUUCUUUGGGGUUUUCCAAUUAUGAAAUUGUGGAUGCCAGUGGUUUCUCUGGUGGCUUGUGGUUAUUAUGGAAUGCUAGUAAAGUCACAGUUGAUAUUGUUGGUACCUCAGCUCAAUCUAUUUCUGCUUGUGUCUAUUGGCCUGGUCAAAAUCCCUGGAUGUUUACUGCUGUGUAUGCUCAUCCUUGUAUUGCUAAGCGAGAGAAAUUAUGGGACUAUCUUUCCUUUGUUGGUGCUAAUCAUAAUAUGCCUUGGUUAAUUGCUGGUGACUUUAAUGAGAUGUUGAGAUUUGAUGAUAAGUUAGGAGGAGCUUCUUUAUGCAGAUUAAAAGGGUUUAAAAACUGGUUUGACAACCAUGAUAUGGUGGACUUGGGUUUUUAUGGAUCCAAAUACACUUGGACUAAUAAAAAAGUUUUUGAAAGGUUGGACAGAGCUAUUUGUAAUUUGAGUUGGCGAAGGUUUUUUGCUGAAGCAACUGUGAGACAUCUCCCGAGGACAAAAUCAGAUCAUAGUCCCAUCAAAAUCUGCUUGGCUUCUUGUUUUAUUUCUUCCCCCCUUUCCAGACCUUUCAGGUUUGAAGCUAUGUGGCUCCAACAUGAGAAAUUUCAGGAUGUUUUUGAUGCUUCUUGGGGGCCUGUUAUUGGAUCUGCUCUAGAUAAGUCUUAUGCUUUAAUUGCUCCUCUGAAGCAAUGGAAUAUUCAAGUGUUUGGUCAUCUGAGGCAGAGGAAGAAUAGGUUGUUGGCUCGCAUUGAUGGUAUCCAAAAAUCUUUGUGUAUGGGUCCAAAUCGUUUCCUUAGUAAUUUGGAACCUGAGUUAGUUAAGGAGUUUAAUGAUGUUCUGGAACAAGAAGCUUUAUUUUGGAGGCAAAAAUCCAGGAUUAAUUGGUUGCAGAAGGGUGAUAGAAAUACAAAGUCUUUCCAUCUUACAACUAUUAUUAGAAGGAAGAGAAAUAAAAUUGAAAGACUUAAGAAUCUUGCUGGUGAUUGGGUUGAGGAGGCAGUGGGAAUUAAAGCUUUAGCUGUGGCUUAUUUUUCAGACUUGUUUUCUAAUGAUCAUGUGGUGGACUCUGAGAUUGGUUUUCCUAAUUUGUUUCCUGGCAUAGAUGUGGCUGAUUUGAGGCUUUUAAAUAGACCAGUUGCUUUGGAGGAAGUUAAAGCUAGUCUGUUUAAUAUUGGAGGGCUAAAAGCCCCCGGGAUAGAUGGUUUUCCUGCUUGUUUUUAUCAAAGCCAGUGGAAUCGUUGUGGUGAAGAUAUCUUUCAGAUGGUGCUUGAGGCUUUUCAUGAGUGUGCAAUUCCUAAGAAGCUUAAUAUGACUCUUAUUACUCUUGUGCCUAAGGUGGAAAGUCCUUUGUCAAUGGUGCAGUUUCGCCCUAUCAGCUUGUGUUCUACUUUGUAUAAAGUGAUAUCCAAGGUUAUUGUUGCCAGGCUCAGAACUAUCUUACCCAAUCUCAUAAGCCCUAAUCAGGUUAGUUUUGUUCCUGGUAGACAUAUUACUGAUAAUAUUCUUAUUGCUCAAGAAUUGAUGCAUAAGUUUAAAUUGUCAAAGGGUAAAAAAGGGUUCAUGGCUUGGAAAAUUGAUCUCUCUAAGGCUUAUGACCGCCUAAAUUGGAAUUUUAUUGAGCAUGUGCUUGUGGAGUUGGGUCUGCCUCUCAAUCUAAUAAAGUUGAUCAUGAGUUGUGUUUCUACUGUGAAGUAUCAAAUUUGUAUCAAUGGAGAGCUCACUGAUUCUUUCCAACCUAAGAGUGGUAUUAGACAAGGGGACCCUUUGUCUCCAUAUUUGUUUGUGUUGUGUAUUGAAAAGUUGUCCCAUAUUAUUUUUGAGGAUGUUCGGAUGGGUAAAUGGAGACCUGUUAAGUCCUCUCAAGCUGGGCCUGCUGUCUCUCACCUCUUUUUUGCUGAUGACUUAGUUUUGUUUGCUGAAGCUACCUCUAAUCAAGCUAGAGUUUUGAAGAAUUGCUUGGAGGUUUUUUGUCAAGCCUCUGGUCAAACAGUAAAUUUUGAUAAAUCUGCUAUCUUCUGUUCUCCCAACACCUGUAAGGAGAUAGCUAAGGAAAUCAGUUGUAUUUGUGGCUCUCCUCUAACUGAAGAUCUUGGAAGGUACCUGGGCAUGCCUCUAUUGCAUUCUCGAAUUGAUAAAAGGACUUAUAGUAGCUUAAUUGACAAAGUGCAUAAAAGACUUGCUGCUUGGAAGGGUAAAUUUCUUUCUUUAACUGGUAGAGCUACCCUUAUUCAAUCUGUUACUUCGGCUGUACCUGUUUAUGCAAUGCAAACUGCUAAACUGCCUACUAGUGUGUGUGAUGCACUUGAUAAAUUAAAUCGAAAUUUUUUUUGGGGUGGGAGUGAGAAAAUGAGCAGGGUCCAUCUUUGUCAGUGGGAUCUUGUUUGUAGGCCUAAGAGUAAAGGGGGGUUGGGCUUUAAAAAAACUGGUGCUAUGAAUCAAGCUUUGUUAGCCAAGAUUGGUUGGAGGUUGCAUAUUAAGGAUGAAGGAUUGUGGGCAAAGAUUUAUGAGGCUAAAUACCUUAAAGGCCAUUCUAUUCUUGAUGAUUCUGUGAUUUUUAGGCAGGAUUGUUCUUCUAGUUGGAGAGGUGUGCUACAUGGGGCUGCUCUUCUAAGGAAGGGUAUGUUAUGGAGAAUUGGGGAUGGUGGUACUGUUAGUUUUUGGAAGGAUAAUUGGGUUUUUGAUGCUCCUUUAAACCAAAAUGAUAGUUGUGUGCAUAUUUGUGACCCAGAUUCUGUUAUUUCCAGUUUUUACAAAAAUGGUUGGUGGGAUAUGGAGAAACUAAGGGCUGCUUUACCUAAUGAUCUGGUCCAACGAGUUAUUAGCUAUCCUGUGGGGUUUAAUAGUGGGAUUCAGGAUGCUCAAAUUUGGAAGUUUUCUCCCAAUGGGAUUUUCUCUGUAAAAUCUGCUUAUAAUAUGCUUUUUGAGGGUUGCUCUGAUGUUGAUUGGAAGUUUUUGUGGAAGCUUAAGAUUCCUCCCAAGUUGCAUAUUUUCUUUUGGCUUGUUUUUCAAGGAAAAAUUCUUUCUAAUGAGCAAAGAGCUAGAAGACAACUGUCUUUGGAUGCUUCUUGUGGUUCUUGUCAUUGGCCUGUGGAGUCUGUUCUUCAUAUUCUUCGUGAUUGUGUUAAGGCUAGGAAGGUGUGGAAUGCUCUUCUUAAUUCUAGUCAAAGUGCUGGAUUUUUUACUAUGGACUUUCAGCCUUGGCUUAAAGUAAACUUGAUGUCGAAGAUUGUUUGGGCUGAUGGUUUUCCCUGGAAUUUGGUUUUUGUUUUCACAUGUUGGUACAUAUGGAAAUGGAGGAAUUUCUAUGUAUUUCAUGGUGAUGAAGAAUUGGCUUUUGACUCUAUACAGAUUAUUACUGCUGCUGUGAAGGAAUGGUUUAACGCUUCUAUUGUUUCUUCUAUCAAGUGUGCUAAGGUUGAGGCUUGGUUUGCUUGGGAACCUCCUCCUGCUGGGGUCUUUAAACUGAAUGUUGAUGGCUCUAGGAAAGUUGCUUCUGGCCAUAUUGGUGCUGGAGGUUUGCUGCGUGAUGUUUCUGGUGAUUGGUGUAGUGGUUUUGCAAUUAAUUUGGGAAAAGGGCAGAUUCUAGAGGUUGAAUUAUGGGGCUUGUUUUUUGGUCUGAGGAUGGCUGUUGAGAAAGGGUUUAAUAACCUUAUCGUUGAGAUGGAUUCGGCUGUUGCUAUCCAGCUUGUUCAGCAACAUGAUUCUCUUACUUUGCACCCUCUUGCAUCUUUGGUCUCUAAUUGUUGGCAAUUAAUGCAGAAGCUUGAGAAUUGCAGCCUCCAUCAUAUUUUUAGGGAGAAAAACAGUGUUGCAGAUCAACUGGCUGCUUGGAGUUAUAACUUAGAUUUUGGUAUCUGCAUUUUUGAUGAGGCCCCAAGUUGGGUUGGGUCUUCUUUGGUGGAUGAUUUGUUAGGGGUGCCUAGACCCCGCUUGAUUUGUGUUGGCUAG